UACCCGGACGGCAUGGAGAGACGGACAUGUGCUGAAUCAGGAUGUCCACUAAACUAUGACCAUAAACAACAUGGAUUUGUGAUGUAUCGCAGCUGUGUGAACGGUAUGAUGUGGAUCCAUAAAUAAUGUCCGAAGCUGCUCUUGAAGAAGUUUCUGUUUUAUCGUCCAUAUACUGCGGAGAAGGAGAGUUCCAGCUCAUCCAGCAGUCUGCUCAGGAUGGGCUUGUGGUCCAAAUCAACUGUACUGGAGUUGGAGACAGAGGGCUGGAUGUGAGACUGGUGUUUCACCUGCACCCUGACUACCCUUCAUCUCCCCCCCACAUCUCCAUCUCUUCUACUGGUCUGUCCAGGACUCAGUGUCACAGCAUCAGACAGAAGCUGCGGGAUCGAGCUGCAGCGUUAGUCCCUGAGCCAAUGGUUCACCAGCUGGUAGAGUGCUCACAGCAGCAGUGUGUGGAGGUGACAGAGGACGGUGGAGGAGGCGACGAGGCAGUAGAAGAGUCAGAAAAAGAUGAGUGGGCUGCAGUGCUGUUGCUGGACCACAUCCGAUCUCGAAAUCGUUACAUUGGACUGCUGGAGCGCUGGAGCCACCAACUGCAGCUGACUGGAAGGUUAUUAUUGGGACAAAGCAUACUGGUUAUUCUGCAGGGAUCUAAACCUGACAUCAAGGAAUUUUGUCGCCGGUUGAAGACGGUGAAGGUGGACGUGGAUUCUUCAGGCAGGAAAUGCAAAGAGAGGAUGAUGAAGAUUCUCAUUGAAACCUCUUGGUCUUCCUCCCGUCAGCAUUGUCUCCAGGGUUUUUUAGUGAAGAACUACCAGUCACUCUCAGAGCUGCCUGCAGCCUUUGAAGAACUCCACAUGAUUGAGCUUUACCAGCAGAUACUGCCAUUAUUAAGUGACUAACAGAGGACAGCCACAAAGUACUGGAUAUCACAAUCCUGAACAAAUAUAAACACUACAAGCCUCCUCCAGUACCUAACUAUGACACAACAGCAACGGAACAAACACAACAGAGAUGAUGGCCAGACAAACAUAGUUUUGUGAUUACUGGUAUUUAGUUUGAUUCUUGAUUGUCUUUGAUAAUGGAUUUGCUGACCACACAUCAUUUCUGUUAUUUGUUGUUAUGGUAUGUAUUGUACUAGUUGAGUUCAUGUGAGUUGGCCCUGUUGAUGCCCUUUUAUAAAAGGGCAUCAACAGUUUGGUCAAUAUUUGUGCAUUACUUCUGUCACUGAAAUAGGAAAUGCUCUUUUAAGAUUCAUUUUUAUAUAAAAUUUUUUGCAAGUUA